AUGCUCAACAUCACCAGACUGCGCAACCUUCCGGAAGACCUCUUCGAGGUCGACCGGCGUCAAAAGAAUGGUUCCAAUCAAAGUGGCAAAGGUUGGCCUCAACAUAAGGAGCUGAUCUUCGACUUCACGUCACUAGUGCGAGCAUACAAUCAGAACAAAUUUGAGCACUUAACAGAUACCUUUAACAACAACAGGAUUCUCAUUUCUGAGCUCGUCUUACAUCAGUUGGAUGAAAAAAACAAGGUUGUGCGAUCUACAGAUGCUGCGAAUGCCCAAGAGGAUGACUUCCAUCCCGUUCGGCUGCGUGAUUUAAUAAAUUUUCUCGUUACCAAUAUGACCGAAAGUUGGCUUGAGUUCCAGAGGAAGGGCACUCAGGAGGACAAACAGUUUACUCAACUCCGUUGCUUGAAUGAAAAUGUCGAAACCCCACUGCGGCUGAUAAGUUAUGCGCUUUAUAAAAAGAGGCAAGGAAAGGAUGUUUUACUCGUUACUUCCGACUCAGGGCUCAAAUGUGAGGCGGGGCUGAACUCCAUUGAUAGCCAAAGUAUUGAAAACAUUGGGUAG